CAUGAACAACACAGAUUCCAAAAAGAAAACAAAAAUCACCGAAAUCACACGCUCAACCAUUGAUACCAUCACAACGCAUGCAGUCCUUUCCAAAGCAAUUUCGAAUGACACAAAGCCCACACCUGGAUACUUGUUUCCAGAGAUUGCACGUCUAACGCAAUCUCCUGGGACCAGCUCUGUCACCCUUUCACAGCUUCUCAAAAUCAUUACUCCUGUGAAUGGUGAUAAAUCCUCAUUGUCCAACCUUGGUGGUGGUGUUGGCGGUGGAGCAGUGACCUCCAGUUCAUCGUUGACCUAUUCAUCAUCACCCCAUGUAUUAUUGAAGGCACUCAAAAUCCUCCGACAGCUUGCUCAGAGUGGUUCAGCCGAGUUUCGAACUAAUCUGGCAAGACGAGGAAAGGGGCUUUUAGCAGAGAUAGUUGGAUAUCGAGGGCAAUGGGAUGAAAUUCAUGGGGAUCGAUUUAACGAAGAUAUAAGAAAUGUUGCAGAGGAUCUAAUCGAGUAUAUGCAUGCGAAUCCAGUCCAGGAAGAAGAGUUGGUUGGGGGAUUUUCGGAUAGUUUUACAGACAAAGAAGCGAUGGUAAUGAGGAAUAGUACUCAAGGCUUACCAGGAUUUGGAAACCCAGAGCAUGAUGACUCUGAUAGUGAAAAGGAUGCACUUCGACCAAGCAUCCCAAAGAAAAAAAGCAAAAAGAAGGACGAAAAGCCUAUGCCUCCACUUCCGGGCUUCGGGAACCCAGAAUUUGAGAAUGAUGAUGUCAAUUCAGAACCUACAUUGAUGAAACGGUUGGUGGAAAAACUACAGGACAUGACAGCGCCUCCACCACCGAUGGCUAUGCGUGCUGCUUUCCGAGAACAAGAGCAGCGGCGACAAAAGCUCUUUGUUGGCGAGUAUAGUAUGCGUGAUGAAACUCAUGGUGGAAUCCAUAAUAAUCCAAACUAUACCAGUAGUAAGGCCAAAGAAGGAGCUGUCGCGUUGAUAGGCACAAACCCUUUCAAACGAACAGUACGAGUACAAGGCAUGGCGGCAGGUGGUUGGAAUGAGAUAUCAUCAUCGAAGGAUGGAUCUGGAAUACGGGCUUCUCUACUUGAUAUGACGGCUUCCCAUGUGUUCCCUGUUGCGCGUUCUGGGACAGGGUCUGUCCAGUUUAGGAACGAGACUGCAGGAUUGGUAUAUGAACGGGCACAACAUGUACAGACAGAACUUGUGCGGUCGAAAUUGCAACAGUCGCUAUUAUCGGAUUUGUUGACGGAAGACAAGUCAAAUAAAUCAUCCACACAGGAUCUGAUAGACACUACGUUUUCAGUACCGAAUUCGACCCCAGCACAACAGACUGAGAUUGAUAUAUCGUUUGUAUUCUGGGGGAUUGCCAAGGAUAUCUGCGACGUUGUUGUCGCUGCACUCGAACAAGAAAAAUCAUCGUCUUUGGUGGAUCAGAGUGAAGACUUGAAUGCAUUGAACGCCACUAAUCAAGGGACACCUGUAAUGACAGGACUCUUGCGAGACAUGAUUGACUGGAUUGAACAUGAAAACUGGGAGCGACGAUUACGAUAUUUGUUUGUAUUGGAUGCUUUUCUGGCACAUCCAAAGAUUGAACCAGAAUUGAUGGGUUGCUCAUCACUUCCAGUCCUGUCAAAGACGCUGAUGGGGCCCAUGUGCCUUGAAGCGGCCCAACCUUCUGUUCAAGAACUUUCGUCCCAUUUAGCAAAGUAUAUCAAGAAUGAGUACAGAGGGUCAUCUCGUUCAAGCGUAUCAAGUGGCAAAAUUCGGGCAAUGUCUUUGAUCAACAUGACUCUUUUGGACAUUUCAGACAAACCUUAAAAUACAAGGCGAGCUAUGCUUGUGUGCGAUCAAAUGGUGGCAAAACUUAAUAAAAGCAAUAUUCCAU